UAAAUUCCGAGGCUAAUGAAAGUAUGCAGGGUGUGGCUCCAGCUAGUUUCGAGAUAUCACCGCGGAUGCUAAGGCUGUUUCGAGACAUUACUGCAGAUUCAAGCUUCCUCUGUAGUGCGCAUGCGCGGAGCAAACUACUUCAAGCAGAAUGGCUGAAGAUCCUAGUGAAGAUCCUCCUAUGGAGAUGCUCGCCAUUGGUAGUGAAGAGAGUAGCGAGACUGGAGCAGUGGGACACCAGUCUGCUGCAACCAAACCAGCUAAGAAGGGUAAAAAGAAGCGAAAAGGGACUAAGAAUGGUCCUACAUUAGUGGGUGGAGUCUCACAGACGGAAGGACAACUAUUGACAGCUCAGAACAGGCAAGAACUGAUUGAAACUUCCAGUGAUUACCAACCAGCGGAUAUUCAUGAUUUCUGGGACACCCAGCCCGUACCAAAACUAGUUGAGAAGGUGACGGAAAUGGGAGCUCUUGUGGACUAUCGAAAAGAGGAUGCCAGAAAAGAUCCUGUGAAACUACCAGACCAGUUUGAGUGGUGCAACGUUGACAUACAAGAUGACGAAGAGUUGUCAGAGCUGUAUACACUUCUAUUAGAGAAUUAUGUGGAGGGUUGUGAGAGCAAGUACAGGUUUGACUACAGUCGUGAGUUCCUUCGUUGGGCGCUCCUCCCCCCCGGCUGGAAGGGGGCGUGGCACUGCGGGGUACGAGUGAGCACCUCUAAGAAACUAGUCGGCUUCAUCAGUGCAGUACCAGCACUUAUCAGGAUUCACAGCCAUCAAAAUAAUAUGGUGGAAAUCAACUUCCUAUGUGUACACAAAAAGCUUCGCUCUAAAAGAGUGGCCCCUGUCCUAAUUAAAGAGAUUAUUCGGAGGGUGAAGGGGGAGGGGGUGUUCCAGGCAGUAUACACAGUGGGUGUGGUCAUUCCAAAGCCCUUCUCAACGGCCAAGUUCUGGCAUCGUUCACUCAACGUCAAAAAACUUGUGGAGAUCAACUUUGCUUCUCUUCAUGGCCACAUGACCUUGCAGAGAAUGAUACGCAUCAACAAACUGCCAAACGAAACUAAGACACCAGGUCUAAGACCUUAUCAAAGGAGGGACGCUGCAGCUGUUCUGAGACUACUGAAUGAACAACUGGGACGGUUUGACGUGUGUCCAGUGUUUGCCAGUGAGGCCGAAGUGGAUCAUUGGUUCACUCCCAGAGAGAGAAUCAUCGACACUUACGUUGUGGAAAGUCCGUCCACUGGUGAGGUGGCUGACAUGAUUAGUUUCUACCACCUCCCCUCGUCCAUAGUACGCCACCCCACACACAAGACACUCUAUGUUGCCUACCUCUUCUAUUACACCCACACAACCAUAUCCCUCAAAGAUCUCAUCUAUGACAUGCUAGUCAUCGCUAAGAAGGGUGGUUGUGAUGUGUUCAACAGUCUGGACAUAAUGGAGAACAGCAGUGUUCUGGAGGAGCUCAAGUUUGGGGAGGGAGAUGGAAACCUCCAUUACUACUUCUACAACUUCAAGUGCCCAGAGAUAUCCCCUGACAGAGUUGGACUGCUACUGCCAUGAGAAACAGUAACUGCCAGUGUUGUGUGUGCAUGCAUAUGGGUACACACGUACGUGACUUUAAUGCAAUAGUCAUUGAUAUCAUAAUUGACCUAUUAGCAACACGGAAAUACUUGUUACCUCAAAUGCAUUGACAUUGAAUGUUAUCAUCGACUGUUA